UUUACGUUCGCGCGCAUGCACCCACGACGUCGGGAAACGUCGGGGUGGACAUGACAGGUGCUCGUCUGCUCCGCACGACGAUUACAUUCGAGAAAACACCCCGAGGACGAGCCCUUUAGGACGGACCCUUGGGGAAAUUAAUCGAUCGACGACGUCACUCACCACUUCAUUGUCGCGAGAGAGUCGUUCCUCAGGUCUCUCCUACUUCUGGAAAACCGGGAAAUACUAAUGAAUGAAGCUAUGAAUGCGCAGGAGGCAGAGGACUUUACUCCACUUAAGGUGGAGCACCUUAAGCAGCAGGGAAACGCAUGUGUUAGGGAGAAGAAGUACCAGAAGGCAAUGCUUCAUUACUCACAGGCAAUCAAGCUGGACCCAAAAAAUUAUUCUCUCUACAGCAACAGAUCCUUCACCUUCCUAAUGCUGGAACGGUAUCGCGACGCCUUGAACGACGCUCUGAUGACGAUUCGACUGAAGCCUGACUGGUCGAAAGGUUACUUUAGGAAGGGCGAGGUUGAACUGAAACUGUCCUCCUACAAUGAAGCGCUUGAAUCUUAUAACAAGGCUCUGUCCCUGCAACCAAACGAGCCUAAGAUUCUAGAGGCGAUGAACAAAGCGUCCAGGUCGUUGAUUAAAGACAGAAGAGCUGAUCAACAGAUCCCGUGGCUCGGAGCUGGCAUUGGUAUUAUAUUAGGAGUCGCAAUCGUGAUCGCCGACUACGUCUUUACAAAGCCCACUCUAACGCAUCCCCUGUUGAUGGCGUUGUUAACGAUGUUCAUAGCUGUACUCGGCUUUGGCAUCGCAAAGGGAAUCCGUUACUUCCUAAAGCACCAAAGAAAAUCAGUCCUGAUAGGAGACUUUCCUCACUGCUUGCUAGAAGCCAACGAAUUGGAUGAUAUCUACGUAAAAGAAAGUACCGAUACAAAGAAAAAAGUACGAUAAAGUACAAGUAUGAGGCAACGAUUCUGCAAAGAAAAAUCAUAGCUCUUUUUGAUAAUUUAUUUCAAAACAAUAAUUUAAAUUAGGAAAUACAAUAACGUUUCGACGUUAUUAAUAUAUAUAUGUAUGUAUGGGCGGACAAAACUACUUUUUAACUAUGACUAGAUUUAUCAUUGAACGCUGCUAUAUUGUUUUGAAAAAAAAUUGGCAUAUUUUAUAUAUUUAUUUAUUGUAUAUUAUUUUAUAUAUGUUUUAUAUUAUGUU